GCGUGAAGUUAUUAUGUAUGUAGAAGUUAGUCACUGGCUGUGUGGGUAAUGCAUAGUGUCAUUGUACGACGUUGACGGCUAUUGCUAUGCAACAGGCAGUUACUAUGGAAACGAAACUUUGUUUACAAUACAGGUUAAUAUCGUUAAUCGGCGUUGACAUUUCUAGUCAAAAAUAAAUAAAAUCGUUAACACCUAUUAUAAUUAUUUCUAAAAAUGGCUGAAAGAGCACCUGUCUCCGCAGAAGAAACUUUAGUUCGUUAUGACAAUCCUGUACUAGUGGUUACCAAGAGGAUUGAAAAAGUAACUGUAGCUGGUUCCUCUAUACAACCCUGUGUCCCUACAGAAGCCAAGAAAGAAACUGAAGAGAUCCUAAAUGCUAUUUUGCCGCCAAAGGAAUGGGAGGAAGAUGGACAAAUAUGGACUCAAAAGAUAUCGUCGACUCCUGCGACUCGGUUGGAUGUGAUAAAUCUGCAAGAAAUGUUGGACACGCGCUUGCAGCAGAGGCAAGCCAGAGAGACAGGCAUUUGUCCUGUGCGCAGACAACUAUACACGCAGUGCUUCGAUGAACUUAUACGACAGGUAACAAUAAAUUGUGGCGAAAGGGGUCUCCUGCUACUAAGAGUGAGAGAUGAAGCAAGGAUCACGAUGGAAGCUUACCAAACGCUCUAUUGUAGUUCUAUUGCCUUCGGCAUGAGGAAAGCUUUACAGUCUGAACAAGGAAAAUCAGACUUAAUGGACCAAGUUGCAAAGUUGGAAACUGAACGUUCAGCUUUGGAAAAGCAAUGUAUGGAGUUGAAACAAAAGACUGAGCAACUGGAAAGACGCGCGGCUGAGCUUCGAGCUGCGGAGGAGAAACGUCACCAAGAAGAGUUGCUUGCAUUGAAGAAGACUAACGCUCAGCUCAAGGCUCAACUGGAAGGCAUCAUUGCACCAAAGAAGUAAAAGUAUUCAACUACUUAUAUUUUUAAGAUAUUUUUGUUGUUCUUAAUAGAUUAUGAACAUUUUAAUUGUGUUUCUU